AUGGGCCGCUUGGAGCUGCUGCUCGUGGAGAACUUCAAGUCGUGGCGGGGCCGCCAGGUUAUCGGCCCCUUCAGGAAGUUCACCUGCAUCAUCGGCCCCAACGGCUCCGGAAAAUCUAAUGUAAUGGAUGCACUUAGUUUUGUAAUGGGAGAGAAAACAGCUAAUUUAAGAGUGAAAAGUAUUCAAGAACUUAUACAUGGUGCACAUAUUGGAAAACCUGUUUCUUCUUCUGCAAGUGUAAAAAUUGUAUAUGUGGAAGAAAGUGGGGAAGAGAAAACAUUUGCAAGGAUCAUCCGAGGCAGUUGUUCGGAAUUCCAUUUUGAUGAUAAUCCUGUGAAUCGUUCCGUUUACAUAGCAGAGUUGGAAAAGAUAGGCAUAAUAGUCAAAGCACGAAACUGUUUAGUUUUUCAGGGAACUGUAGAGUCGAUUUCAAUGAAAAAACCCAAAGAAAGAACACAGUUUUUUGAGGAAAUCAGCACGUCAGGAGAGCUCAUAAAAGAAUAUGAAGAGAAGAAAAGAAAAUUACAAAAAGCUGAAGAGGAUGCUCAGUUUAAUUUUAAUAAGAAAAAAAAUGUAGCAGCAGAGCGCAGACAUGCAAAAUUAGAGAAGGAAGAGGCAGAACGUUACCAGAGUCUCCUUGAAGAACUGAAAAUAAACAAGAUACAACUGCAGCUUUUCCAGCUUUACCAUAAUGAGAAAAAACUUCAUUUUCUGAAGACUGAACUAGAGCAUGUGAAUAGGGAUUUGAGUAUCACAAAAGAGUCUUUUUCUCAUCAUGAAAAUAUAGUUAAAGCCAAGAAAAAGGAGCAUGGGAUAUUGACUAGACAACUACAACAAACAGAAAAAGAAUUAAAAUCUCUUGAAGCCCUUUUAAAUCAGAAAAGGCCUCAGUAUAUCAAAGCCAAAGAAAACACUGCUCACCACCUCAAGAAAUUAGAUGCAGCUAAGAAAUCAAUAAAAGACAGUGAAAAACAGUGUUCUAAACAGGAAGAUGACAUAAGAGCCCUAGAGACGGAGCUGGUUGAUUUAGAUGGUGCUUGGAAAAGUUUUGAAAAGCAGAUUGCAGAAGAGAUCUUACAUAAAGGGCGAGACAUUGAACUGGAAGCCAGUCAGCUUGAUCGUUACAAAGAACUUAAGGAACAAGUAAGAAAAAAAGUAGCUAUAAUGACUCAACAACUGGAAAAACUGCAGUGGGAACAGAAGGCAGAGGAAGAAAGACUAGCAUUUGAAAAGAGGAGGCAUGGAGAAGUUCAGGGAAAUCUAAAACAAGUAAAAGAACAAAUAGAAGAUCAUAAAAAACGAAUAGAGAAGUUGGAGGAAUAUACAAAGACAUGCAUGGAUUGCUUGAAAGAGAAAAAACAGCAGGAGGAAGCCUUAAUGGGUGAAAUUGAAAAAACAAAAUCAAGAAUGUCUGAAGUUAAUGAAGAAUUAAAUCUUAUUAGAAGUGAAUUGCAGAAUGCUGGAAUUGAUAACCAUGAGGGAAAACGUGAGCAAAAGAGAGCAGAGGUCCUUGAGCACCUUAAGAGGCUAUACCCCGAGUCUGUGUUUGGAAGAUUACUUGACCUGUGUCAUCCUAUCCAUAAGAAAUACCAGCUGGCCGUUACUAAGCUUUUUGGUCGAUACAUGGUUGCCAUUGUUGUAACCUCUGAAAAGAUAGCAAGAGAUUGUAUUCGAUUUCUGAAGGAGGAAAGAGCUGAACCUGAGAUGUUCCUUGCUCUAGAUUACCUUGAUAUCAAGCCAAUUAAUGAAAGAUUAAGGGAGAUUAAAGGCUGUAAAAUGGUGAUUGAUGUCAUAAAGACUCAAUUUCCUCAGCUGAAGAAAGUGAUUCAGUUUGUGUGUGGAAAUGGCCUUGUUUGCGAAACUGUGGAAGAAGCAAGGCAUAUUGCAUUCAAUGGACCUGAAAGACGGAAAACAGUAGCUCUUGAUGGAACAUUAUUUUUAAAAUCUGGGGUGAUCUCUGGAGGAUCAAGUGACUUAAAAUACAAGGCUAGAUGCUGGGAUGAGAAAGAGUUAAAGAAUCUAAGAGACAGAAGAAGCCAGCUAAUCCAAGAGCUAAAGGAUUUAAUGAAGACACUUCGCAAGGAAACAGAUUUGAAACAAAUACAGACUCUAGUACAAGGAACUAAUACCCGACUCAAAUAUUCACAAAGUGAAUUAGACAUGAUUAAAAAGAAGCACCUUGCUGCUUUUUCCAGGGAACAAUCUCAGCUACAAAGUGAACUACUAAAUAUUGACUCUCAGUGUACUAUGUUGAGUGAAGGAAUCAAAGGCCGACAACAGAGAAUUGAAGAAUUUCAGAAAACAAUAGAUAAGCUCAUUGGAUUAGAAUUUGAAAAACAAAAAACUCGGCUUAAUAUUCAACUCGAGUAUUGCCGAAAUCAGCUGAAGAAGAAACUAAGUAAGAUCAACUCAUUAAAAGAAACAAUCCAGAAAGGUAGAGAAGACAUUGAUAAUCUAAAGAAGGCUGAGGAAAACUGUCUUCAAAUCGUGGAUGAACUCAUGGCAAAGCGGCAGCAGCUUAAAGAUGUAUUUGUCACCCAGAACUCCAACAUUGAGAAAGUUCAAACUCAAAUUGAAGAGGAACGAAGAAAAUUUUUGGCUGUUGAUAGAGAAGUGGGAAAGCUGCAAAAACAAGUUGUCACCAUUCAGACAUCUCUGGAACAGAAACGUUUGGAGAAGCAUAACAUGCUGCUUGAUUGCAAAGUUCAAGAUAUUGAAAUAAUUUUUUUGCUGGGGUCACUGGAUCAGAUCAUUGAUGUAGAGAUGGGAACUGAAGCAGAAAGUACCCAGGCAACAAUUGAUAUCUAUGAAAAAGAAGAAGCCAUUGAAAUAGACUAUAGUUCUCUACGAGAGGAUUUGAAGGUUCUACAGUCUGAUAAAGAAGUCGAGGCCCAACUUAGCCUUUUAUUGCAGCAAGUAGCAUCCCAAGAAGAUGUUCUGUUGAAGACAGCAGCCCCAAACCUGCGAGCACUGGAAAACUUAAAGACUGUCAGAGACAAGUUCCAAGAAUCCACAGAUGCUUUUGAGGCCAGCAGAAAGGAAGCCAGAAUAUGUAGGCAAGAGUUUGAACAGGUGAAAAAAAGGAGAUACGAUCUUUUCAGCCAGUGUUUUGAGCAUGUCUCAAUCUCAAUUGAUCAAAUCUACAAGAAGCUCUGCAGAAACAACAGUGCCCAAGCAUUUCUUAGCCCAGAGAACCCCGAAGAACCUUACUUAGAAGGAAUUAGCUAUAACUGUGUGGCCCCAGGCAAACGGUUUAUGCCAAUGGACAAUUUGUCAGGAGGAGAAAAGUGUGUGGCAGCCUUGGCGCUCCUAUUUGCUGUGCACAGUUUUCGGCCUGCUCCAUUCUUUGUUUUAGAUGAAGUGGACGCAGCCCUGGACAAUACUAACAUUGGCAAAGUGUCGAGUUACAUCAAAGAACAGACUCAAGAACAGUUUCAGAUGAUAAUCAUUUCCCUAAAAGAAGAAUUCUAUUCCAGAGCUGAUGCACUGAUAGGCAUCUAUCCAGAGCAUGAUGACUGCAUGUUCAGCAGAGUUUUGACUCUAGAUCUUUCUCAGUAUCCAGACACUGAAGGCCAAGAAAAUAUCAGAAGACACCGAGAGUCCUCUUAG